AUGGUUUCUCCUAAACAAGCCAUCUUCUCUGCACUAACAUUACUCCCUUUCCUUUUCAUCAAUAAAUCUGAUGGUGCUUUUUAUUACCCUGCUGGUUUACAUGCUGAUAGUGCUGAAGUUACACACUUUGCUUUUCAGAAAGUUAAUCUUUCCGUCUACUAUGCAAGCCUAAGCCAACCUUCUGCAACUUUCAUUGUUAAGAAUCUGGAGGAAAUUUUCCACAGCGAUCUCAUCAACAUUAUCAACCUCCAACUAGUUCCUUGGGCCAAUGCAUAUGUUGAUAAGACCAACCAAUCCAUAAUAUGUCAGAAUGGACCAGAUGAAUGUGAGCUAAAUUCAUUGGAAGCUUGUGCCCUCAACGUUUGGAAUGAUGUGAGCAAACAUUAUGCUCUAAUCUACUGCUUUGAGUUUCUGGCAAUUGAGGGAAGGCACAAGAAUUGGCAAGACUGUUUCAGCCAAUUGGACUUGCCUGAGGAACCUGUUCUGAACUGCUAUAUCAGAGGAAAUGGAACAGAGAUUGGACAAAAAUAUAUCAAUGAAACUGCUAUUUUUUACCCACCCAACGAAUUUCUUCCUUUGGUGAUGGUAAACAAUCAAUCAAUUGGAAAGGAAUAUGAAAAUUUUACACGCUAUGUUUGUGAGGCUUAUAGAGGCACUCCUGUUCCACCAGUAUGCAAUGCAACCUUCAUUAGGAGUGGAUGGAGUACAAUUAAAUUAUGA